GGAGGGGUUGACGGUGUGGCCGCAGCAGAAGUGGCAGCAUCGGAGUGAUGGAGAGCGGACGGCAGGUUGCGAACUUCGGCGCCGGGCCGGCGAAGCUGCCGCGCUCCGUAUUAUUAGAAGCACAGAAAGAAUUGGUGGACUACAAAGGACUUGGUAUAAGUGUUCUUGAAAUGAGCCAUCGGUCCUCAGAUUUCACAAAAAUUUUAAAUUCAACUGAGAACCUCAUGCGUGAAUUGCUAAAUAUACCAGACAACUACAAAGUUAUUUUCCUUCAAGGAGGUGGAUCUGCUCAGUUCAGCGCAGUCCCUCUUAACCUUAUUGGUUUAAAGGAGGGAAGACAGGCAGAUUACGUGGUUACUGGAGGCUGGUCGGCAAAAGCAGCUAAAGAAGCAGAGAAGUAUGCCAAAGUAAAUAUCGUUCAUCCCAAAUUAGGAGCCUAUACAAGCAUUCCUGACCCAAGCACUUGGAAUCUUAAUCCAGAUGCAUCGUAUGUGUAUUAUUGUGCUAAUGAAACUGUCCAUGGUGUGGAGUUUGACUUUGUACCUGAUGUCAAAGGAGCAGUCUUGGUUUGUGAUAUGUCAUCGAACUUCCUGUCCAAACCUGUGGAUGUUUCCAAGUUUGGUGUGAUUUUCGCUGGUGCUCAGAAGAACGUUGGCUGUGCUGGAGUUACUGUUGUAAUAGUACGUGAGGACUUGCUGGGAUUUGCACUGAAGGAAUGCCCUGUUGUACUGGAUUACAAAACACAGGCAGCAAAUAGCUCAUUGUAUAACACUCCACCAUGCUACAGUAUUUAUAUCAUGGGAUUGGUACUGGAAUGGAUAAAGAAUAAUGGUGGAGCUGCAGCUAUGGAUAAACUUAGUUUAAUCAAGUCACGGAUGAUUUAUGAUAUUAUAGACAAAUCUAAUGGAUUUUAUGCAUGUCCAGUGGAGAGAAAGAACCGAAGCAGAAUGAAUGUACCUUUCCGCAUUGGCAGUGUCAAGGGCGAUGAAGCCCUGGAAAAGAAAUUUCUUGAGAAGGCUGUGGAACUUAACAUGAUAUCUCUGAAAGGACAUCGGUCUGUGGGAGGAAUCCGUGCCUCUUUAUAUAAUGCGGUGACUGUAGAAGAUGUUCAGAAGCUUGCAACAUUCAUGAGAAGCUUCAUGCAGAUGCAUCAGUCAUAAAUGCCCAUGGGUUGGAGCCAUGCUGCACAUCCAUGAAAUUAAAGCUAAAGGGUUUUAACAUUACUGUGGUACUGUACAGCUGUAGCGCACAAGUUUUAUUUUCUUUUAGUACCUGUAGUAAUUUCAAUUAACUGAAUGGGACAGAGGCUCAGUCUUGCAAUGAUGUGGCAACUUUGGCUUUGCUGAAGGUGAGGAUCCCCAGACUGAUCAUGAUUGAUAGGAAAAUUUGAAAAUGUGUGGUUAAAACAUGAAUAACAUUGUAAGGUGCUAUGGAUCUGAGUCUGUUUCUCACCUCUAUUUACAAAUGACUUCAACAAUGCCUCCUUUUUAGUAAAAUUCAGAAAGCAUUAUUUGUCAUAAGCUCUCUGUAAUGCUUUACAAAUACUCUGUGGGUGCACAAUGAAGGUAAACUAGCACAGUCUCUAGGGACAUCUAGUUGGUUUAUGGGGUAUCUUCCAGCAGUGUGCCACCAGUAGUAUUGAAAAGUUAACAUCAGCAUUCCUAACUUGAGGAUCUGGCCUUCAGACUACUGCUCCAAUACUAGAAGUACUAUCAUAACCAUUGCAAGUAAUUGUGAAUAAAGUCUGCAGGACUGGGCUUUUCUUCCUAUCAACAUUUAUUACUUUAAAGCUAAGAUUAAUGAGUCUGACUAAAUCAAUUUCUAAGAUGUUUUUUAUUUCCCUAUGCAUUUUGUAUAUUAAACUCCUAGUUUAUUAAUGUUAUAUUCUUAUUUUGGAGCAUGCAUAUUUGCUGCUGCAAGAAAUCUGCUUUUCAUUUCUUAACGUUGUGCCAGACUGGAUUGCUGUAUUACACUCAAUGGGCCUGUGACUUUCUCUGCACUGACUUUGAGCCCGAAGUGCAGCGGACUUCUUUGUCUGGUGUUCUUAAGUGGUUUCCAUGUCUACUUGCCCCAGUAUUUGUUCUAACUUUUCAUUCUUUCAGUUCUGUAGCCUUUUAUAUGUGGAACUUUGUCCAGCUGGAGUAAAUAAUAAUCUUCUCUGUC